CCAUCAUAGUUUAUGUUGUUUGGGAAGCCUGGCAGCCUCGUCGGACCAGGCUCAGAAUUACUAAGUCACGGGUGAGGCAUGCUUUUCUUUGCUUUUAGCAAAAGAAAAUAUUAAGUUCUAUAUUAAGUUCUUUGUUAGAUUGCAAUGGUGAAAGCCCUGUCUUUAUUUCCCUUCUGGCCACCAAUUCCUAGCAGCUACCUAAGGGUUAAAAGGUGUUGCCUGGCAACCAGGACACUAGCCACUGACCAGCAACAGUAGCAAAAUCUCAGGAUUCUUCCUAUGCUAUCUCCUGCUACAUUGUCAUCCAGAGGACAUGACCACAGGUUAACCAGCAGGUGGCUCCAGGCAGGUGUAGGCUCCUCACCCUCUCCCUCCGCGGCCCGCCAUUCCCAAAGUGGGAGGUGAUUCUAGGGCACCAUCUUGAGAGAACCGUGGUGUUGAAGAUAUCUUGAUUGGUUAUGUGACUGAAAGCCUCUACAGAAAUUUUAAAAUUCUGGCGCGCAGUGCAGAGACCUGCUCCUGUUGAAGACACAGAAGACAAGACUCUUAAGUAAGCUCCCUUAUUAAACCAACCACCUACCGGUCUGGAGUGGCCUGCCUCGCUUCCGUUUCUCUUUGCACUCCGUGUACCAGCCAGUUUGGAAACCAGCACCUUGAACUAAAUGCCCCUUUCCAAGGAGAGACAGGGUGACCAUGGCCUUAGCCCAUGGGCCCUGAGCCUAGUAGGCACUCCUACACCCUCGAGGGGCAAGAGGGCUGUUAGGGUCCCUUCUGCCCAUUCACACAGACAGGUGGCGCUGAAGGGCACAGGGCUAGAAUAAAGUCGCAGGGGCAGCCCUUGCCAGAAAGACCCUCAAUAAAGGUGCAGGAACAGCAAGAAUAAUUACCAGAAUCUCAGCCUCAUCAGUCCCUACUAAGCAGUGCUUGCUUCUCUGAAAAGCUUUAAUCUGGCGCCACACUCCGACUACGCCCCGAUAUCUUGGCCCCGCCCCCCUCCAACCUUAGCCCCACCUCCAGGUCUCAAACCACGCUCAGAGCCCUCCUCCAGGAACCGCCUCGAACCUUCCCCAAAUCCCACCUCCCACAAUCCCGCGACGCCAAGACUGCCCCCUCUAUACUACACCUUGGGGUCAGAGCUCCGCUUGGCCCCGCCUUGAUACCCCAAGCCCUCCAGGGGCCGAGCAGCGCCUGGUCCCGCCCCGGGUCCCGCCCCAAGCCCCGCCCCGGGUCCCGCGAGCUGCUACUGGCUGUGCUCGCCUCCUUUGGGAGCCGCCCCGCUUCCGCCCAGUCUCCCGAGCAACGCUGCGGCUCCGCCCCGCCAUGGCGCCGGAGGAAAGAGAGGAGACCUCUAGCCUGCUGCAGAGUUUCGAACGUCGCUUCCUGGCAGCGCGCGCGCUGCGCUCGUUCCCCUGGCAGAGCCUAGAAGAGAAAUUGAGGCACUCGGGUUCUGAGCUACUACUGGAUAUUUUGCAGAAGACUGUGAAACAUCCUCUGUGCGUGAAGCAUCCACCAUCGGUGAAGUAUGCCCGGUGCUUUCUCUCGGAGCUCAUCAGAAAGAUGGAUUUUAAGGAUGAACCCCAAUUCACUGAGUUUCAUCUUAGACUGGACUUCAGAAAGGCACACGAAGCUGUCCACCAGGAGCCUUCCGACGAGCUGUACGAGGCAUUGGCGGAGGUCCUGACAGCCGAGGAGCCCACUCCGUGCCACCGGACUUAUCUGUUGCCUUCCGGGGACUCGGUCACACUCUCUGAGAGCACAGCCAUCAUUUCCCACGGCACCACCGGCCUGGUCACGUGGAGUGCUGCGCUUUACCUUGCAGAAUGGGCCCUAGAGAACACAGCGGCUUUCACUCACAGGACUGUCUUAGAGCUCGGCAGUGGAGCCGGCCUCACCGGCCUGGUCAUCUGCAAAACGUGCCGUCCUAGAGCGUAUAUCUUCAGCGACUGUCACAGCCAUGUCCUCGAGCAGCUCCGAGGGAACAUCCUUCUCAAUGGCUUCUUGCUGGAGCCAGAUGCCACCGCCCCAGCACAGCACGCAGAACACAACGCCCACAACUCAGAGAGCCCCGUGGUGACAGUGGAACAGCUGGACUGGGACGCUGUGACAGCCCCUCAGCUCGCUGCCCUCCAGCCAGACAUCCUCCUCGCAGCAGAUGUGCUGUACUGCCCGGAAGUCAUCCUGUCCCUGGUCAGGGUCCUGCAGAGGCUGUCUGCUUGCCGGAAGGACGAGCAGUCUCUCGACGCCUACAUCGCCUUCACCAUCCGCAACCCAGAGACGUGCCGGCUCUUCACCACUGAGCUAGCAGCAGCAUCCACGGAGAGGUGGGACAGAGCCCGGCUCGUGGGGAACACUCAGGAAACAGUCACUGCUAUUACUGGGUUCAGCACCCAGGAAAUGGAAGAACAACGGGCCGCGCUGGGAUCUCAUGGGAAGCGGUGCCUCAUCACAGCCAGAAACUAUUUCCCUAUGAAGAGCACUCGGAGAUGGCAAUUCUGAAACUAAUGUUGUAGGUUUACAACAAGCGUUUUUGAAAAUAGCUGUGAAAAUUAAAUCACCAAGGGAAAAGUUUUUAUCUGGGAAAAGCUGAUAAAACUGCCAUUGGACUUCAAUGUUUGAAGAAUGUUAAAUUCUGAAUCAGGAACCACAAACUACGUUCUAAUAAAACAUAAACUGUUGAGGCAUGUGGUUGCCCCUUUCUGUCAGCAGUUCUGGUUCAUAAGCAAAUCACCAUAAACAAAUGAAAGUUUUGGCUCAGAGGUAAGCUUCCAUUUGUGCAAGUAAAAACACAUAUAUCAAGUAUGUUUCCUCCGUCCUGGACAAUAUUCAGGACACAACAGAGCAGAUGCUGAGAGGCACACACCAGAAGACAAAAACAGGGACAGUAUGAUGCUGAACAGGCCACAGGCAAGUAACAGAAAAGUAAUAAACGGAGGGAAAGAAAAGACUCAAAAAAUGAGGAAAGAGGGGAGUGACUCGGGGCCACCAAGGAAGAAACCAGACUGAACCAGUUUCCUGGGCUGCAAAGUCCUGGUCAUUAAAAUAACUUCACUCAGACCCCAACACUGACACUUCCUCAGCUCUUCUGGUAAACCUGUCUAGCCGUCUGAUGUGCCAGACCACCACAUCCCCUGCACACAGAGGCUGAGUUACUGCCACGUGUGGCCCCGUGGGCGCCCCUCACGGGGUCUGAGGUGUGAGGCAGACACCUCCUCUCCCGACCUGGAAGGUGUGGGUCUCACACUGCAGUGCCCUGGGACCAAGUCCUUGACCCAACUCCCCUUCACCCUCCCAACCACCCAACUCUUACCGUUGACGAUGCGCAGAGUGGUGUGAUGGUUUUUCGCAGAUUUCCCUCGACAGUUUACACUGGGAACGAGCACCUCACUUGGUAGACGGCCGUCUCCAUCUUACUACAAGUUGUUUCUGGCCCUUUGGUGUGAGACUGCCCCCUUUCUGACGUGUUAAUGCUGACUGACAGUGCACACAGGCCCUCAGACCCGCUGGCUGCGGGUGUUUAAGUCAUUCUCAAAAAAGAAAGCUGACUACAGCGAGUGCUGGGACUUCCAACAGGCUGUGUGGACUGGACCUCCCAAAACUGGAGGCUCAGAGCGAGCCACCAGCCCAAGAAAAGCCUCCCACAGGUGUGCGUGCGACUAAAUGUUCCCGAGGUGGGAAG